AGGCACACUAGCAUUUGAAAAGCGCUUUUACUCGCACGAAUCGGCUGCCCCAAACACACUGCUUUGAAACAAAGACAUGCGGCGGCUGCCCCUCCUCUCCCUGGCAGCCACCGCCGAGGCGGCCUGCUCCGUAGCCGGCCGGUCGAACCCCAAGCUCCGACGAGGCGACGAGACCUACCUCUGCGUCGUGCUCUCGUCGUCCUUAGACUGGGCGGAGGACACGAAAUACGUGCGACUGGGCUUCCGGGCCGAGGUCGACACGUUCGCGCGGUUGGAGGUCCGGGGCGCGUGGGCGCCCCUUACUUCACAGCUUGGUGCCCACCACGCGCUCAAUUCCACGAGCAUCGGCCUCUCGUUACAAUCCGAGGGGAAGCGGAGCUACCAAAGGCGGUGGCGGGAUUUGCAUAGAGGAUCGCCGUCGACCUUUCCGGUGUUAUAUGCUCAGGUGGUACUAGAUCGAGGCGAAGUGGCCGCGGUCGCCUGGGACGCGGGCUGCUUCGACUGCGAGGAGGAGGACGCCGCCUGCACGGCGAACGAGUUCGAGUAUGAUGGUUCAAUGGCCAAGGACGCCGCCGAGCAGUGCUCCGUGGCCGACGACAAAUGCGGGAAAGGAGAGGGGCAAGUUUCCGAGUUAUGUAGGUUGGCGGUCUACGUGUCCUGGACGGGGACGGACAAGGACGGUCGCAAUCUUCUUUCGCAACAGAACCGCCUGUCGCGUUUGGAAAGAUCCCAGGCCGUGUCCCUCGUGUCGAGUCUGGGCAAGGAGGCGGUCGACUUGUAAUAUUGUGUCACAACA